AUGGCAGACCCGGCCAAGAAACAGCUCAUUCUCAAUGCCUUCGUCAUGAACACCCCCGGGCAUCUGUCCCCGGGUCGAUGGCGGCACCCGAGAAACAAAACGGCCGAGUACAAGAAACUCUCCUUCUGGACCGACCUCGCCCAGCUGCUCGACCAGGCCAAUUUCCACGCCAUGUUCAUCGCCGACACGCUUGGCCCCUACGAUGUGUACAAGGGCCCGGCCAAUGUGGUCCCCGCGCUGGCCUCCGGAGCGCAGUUCCCCGUCAACGACCCCCUGUACCUCGUCCCGGCCAUGGCGGCAGUCACGAAGAAUCUGGCCUUCGGCGUCACUGCCAGUGUCACCUACGAGAAACCCUAUGCGCUGGCGCGGCGACUGUCCACGGUGGACCAUCUCAGCGGUGGCCGGUUGGCGUGGAACAUCGUCACGUCGUACCUUGACAGCGCGGCGCGCAAUCACGGUCUGAACGAGCAGAUCCCGCACGACGAGCGAUACGCAAUUGCCCACGAGUAUCUGGACGUCCUCUACAAGCUCUGGGAAGGCAGUUUCCGGGACGACGCCGUCGUCGAGGACCGUGGACGGGGCAUCUACAUCGCCAGCGACGCCGUCCGCCAGAUCAACCACAAGGGCAAAUACUUCGAGGUUCCGGGCCCGCAUUUCUGCGAACCCUCGCCACAGCGCACGCCCUUCCUCUUCCAGGCCGGCGUCUCGGAAGCCGGGAACAAGUUCGGCGGGAAGCAUGCUGAAGCCAUCUUUGUCGGCGGCCAAACGCCCGAGCAGCUCCAGACCACCGUCGACAACAUCCGCCGGAUAGCAGAGGAAGAAGGCCGCGACCCGGAUCAUCUCAAGAUUAUCGUUGGGAUCAAUGUCAUUGUCGCCGCGACGGACGAGCAAGCCGAGGCCAAGCGCCAGGAGCACCUGAAAUACGUCGAUGAAGAAGGCGCACUGGCGCUCUUCGGCGGCUGGACCGGAGUCGAUCUAUCGAGCUACGCGGACGACGAAGACUUCCGCUUCAGCGAGUCCCCUCGCGUCCAGGGGAUUGUGCGCAGAUGGUCCUCCACCGUGCCCGGCACGGACAACCUUCCCUGGACGAAGAGGAGGAUCGUCGAAUUCCUGAGUCUCGGCGGUCUUGGGCCGAAAGCCGUCGGCAGCCCGACGACUGUCGCUGAUGAGUUGGAGCGGUGGGUGGCGAUCUCCGGCGUGGACGGCUUCAAUUUGUCUCAUGUUACCAACCCGGGCUCGUUUGAGGAUAUCAUCGAGUUUCUCAUUCCGGAGCUGCAGAGGAGAGGCAUCUUCCGGUCUGCGGUGCACAAGGAGGGUGCAACGGCCAGAGAGGCGUACAUCGGCUCCAGGAGACUGCCUGAGGACCACCCGGGGAGCAGGUAUAAGUGGCGUGCGGGAGAGAAGAUACCAAAGUACCUGGAGGAGCAAGAGAAGGAGGAGGGCAAGGCUGAAACGCCCGAGGAUGCCACGGCUGCUGCUGUUGCUACAGCGUGA